AUGUCCGCUACCAAGGCGGCACCAGUACCACGAACGACGCGAUCUCGGAAGCGCGUCGACGUAGACACACUCGCCGACGACCUCGACCGCGUCUUAAAGGUCUCGCAGCCCAAGUCGGCCCCACGGCGCACCGUCUCGGGCACAAAUCCAGAACCCAAGAAGCCUUCCCCCAAGCCAGCAGUGAAGCCAGCUCCAAAGUCUACAACGAAGUCUACAACGAAGUCUACAACGAAGUCUACAACGAAGUCUACAACGAAGUCUGCAACAAAGUCUGCAACAAAGCCUGUAACAAAGCCCAAGGCUGAUACCACUGCAACAUCUGCCAAGGCACCGGUACUCCGCCCAGCACGCACAACCGCCACCAAGCCUGCGGCUCCACCACCAGAGCCUGUUGUCGAUCAGCGCGAGGAACUACCGUGGCUCCACUCGGGCACAAGGUCCCCACGCGAGCGUGGGGUAGAAGCUCAGAGUGCGGUGAACGAGUCCCUCCGCCUACUGGGCGAGGCACUCCAGGUCGGGUUCAAAUAUGCUGCUCCUAAGGGCGAGUGGACACGAGCCCGUGUUGACGCCGUCUUCAAGUCAGGGCGAGACGGACUCGCUGUCUUGCGCGAAUUAUAUGGAAGAGCUGGCUCCACUCUUGCGCGCCGGGCGACUAUCGAGAAAGCAGGAAUCGCCAUUGCCACGCGCUACAUCGGCUUCGAGAUGCACAGGGCCGCACUGGGAUUCCUGGCCGAGAUCCGGCCCUACAUUCUCGAGUUUUACGAACAUGAAGACGAGGUGCCGCCACAUGCACAGCCACCAGUUACCGAUGAAUGGGCAACGCUCUUCGAACUGCCAAGACCCACAGGCGAGGUGGGCGAAGCGGUUAGGCCCAUCCUUGGCACCUUCGCUCUCGCGUCGUGGUGCUGCCUCCUCUCUCUCGGACUCCAAGCUGAGUCACUUGUCCACUUCCGGCCCUCCUUCCCUCUCAGUCCCUUCGCCCUCGCCUCACCACUCCCUCUACCGGCGGUGGGCCAGCUCGCAGUCUAUCUUUAUCGCGCCACUCGCGAGGAUGGUUAUGUCGCUGGCACCGCAGCAUGGCUCAAGAUCCGCCAACUGGCGGCGUUUGGCAGUGCCCUCUCCGCGUCGGGGUCGGGUGACGUCAAGAAUUCUCCAGAUCGCGUGUGGAGCUCCGUCUGGCGCACAGUCGAACUCCACCUCGAAAAAGGCAGUGACGACGCACAGCGAGAAGCAGCGGAGUACAUUGGCACCAUCGUUGACGUCGUCGAGGUGAUCUGGGCAUCACGUACCGAGCCCCGCGAAGCAUGGUUCUCAGGGCGUUGGAGCGCAGUGCUCGACUUGUGGACAGACAUCGGCCGAACUCUCGGCGAUUCUUCCAUUGUCGACCGCGUGCUUAGUGCUGCCACGGCUGGAGCCUCCCUCGCAUCAAGUUCGAGGCCGAGCCCAUCACCAACACCUUCAUCAUCCUCACCGCCCUCGGCGGCUUCCACACCAAGGAAACGCAAGCCUAUUCCCCGAGUACCCAAUGCCGCAGGCGAGGUCACGAGGUUAUGUGCGCACAUCGCCAAGGUCUUGGUCGACACCGCUGGGUCGUCAGUGGACGUGGAGACGUACGCGGCGUCCCUCAAUUCGGUCGACUGCGAGGCAGUCCACGGCGCACUCUGCAGCCUCAAGCCAUCUGAGAGGUCACCGGAGACGCUCACACCAUUACUACGAAUGGUUGAGAGGCUCCGCCGGCUCGCAAAGUCGCUCGACUCCCCAGAACUAACAGACACAUCCACCGCAUGGCUACAGAACUACAUCGAGUUUGUCGUGCGACUGUUGCCAGAGCUCCCGCUGAGCGACGUCGUGCGCGAGUGCAUGCCGGGGCUUUGUGACACGGCUGUUACACUCAUGCGACGGAAUACAGCACCCGAGUCCGCUGCCAUCUCCCUCGAACAGUUGGACGCAGUUUUCGCCGCACUCGUCGCCCACGGCUCCGAGCUCGGCGUCACUGCCCUGACAAACUACGCAAGCUGCCUCAUUCACUGCACGUACAACGUCGGUCUCACGUUUUCCAAGACCAACGCGAUCGACGUCGCUGUGUUGUUCUGUCGCCGCUCGUGCGAGUGGUCGCAGUCCUUCCUGGCACAGAAUGGCGACGACGACGAGGUAGUGCGCAAGUCAAUCGCUGGCCCGCUGUCCAAGCGGUUUGAGCUUCUCGGCUUCUGCCUACAGAAGGGAUUAGACAAGACUGCCGCGAUGCAGGCCUUCAUCCGGGCCUGUUUCUGUCUCGACUCUAGCGUGAGCAAGCAGAUCGCAACGGCUGCUGCGAGCAAGCCACUCCGCCUCGUGUUCGCCAGUUUACCAGAGUUCACGACUGCGCUCAAGCGUACGGUAUCACUACUAGCCCACGACCCGGUCUUAGGCCCCGAGUUCCCGGCGAUCCUCGCCAAUGAACUCAACGAGAAACAGUGGUCAUCAGGAGUCACGGGCGCGAUACUCGAGCAGGUGGUCGACGCACUGGAGCCAAGCCAGUUCCUCCCGCACGUGCAAGACGUUCUCAUUUCGCUCCUCCAUAUGCUUCUCGACCUGUACGAGACCGAUGCCUACCCCGUCCGCCGGCUCCGCGUUAUCUCGCGCUUCGUAUCGGUUAUCAUCUCGACGGGCACCUCGACCGAGCAGUACGAGUCGCUCAAGAUGGAAGCCGAGGCUCUUGUCAGAGUCAAGGAGUUCGCGAAGGACGCUUCAUUGGCAAAGUUCCGGCUGGAGUACUACGCCACCAUCAUGAUCCACGCCGCACUUCAGACGUACCACCAGCCCGAGUCGUCGCCAGGUAUGGCGGAGCUCGGUCGCGUCGCCCUCGACGUCAUCCAGUCUUUCAUCUUCCCCGCACCGCCAACUCCUACAAAAAGCGCACCGACAAUUCGUGGCAAGGCCCCUAUGGCACCGAAGGCAAGGCCGCCCGCCCGGACAACCAGUGCGCGGAAGGUCACUCCAACGACUUCAAAGAAGACUGCCGCAACCUCCAACCCCAAGACGCCGCCACCAAUCGAGUUUGACGACCCCGAGCGCUUCUGUGAUCUCUUAAACGCGCUUGCCUCACUGUUCGGCCUGUUGGGGUACCUUGUGCCAAAGAUCGAAACGCUCAAUCUCCUCCGUGCCAUGCAACGGACCAGCAUGCCAGACGACUUCAUCGCCACCUCGUCCCAGGUCGCGGCCGAGUACGGGCGCUUAGGCAAGUACUCGCGCGCAGCACAGGUGUUUGCCAAGGCCCUGAAGCAAGCCGACGAUGCCGCGCCAACGGCUCGCUUAGACCUGCAUCUCCGACAUGCACGUUUCCUCGCCACAAGAGGCCAAUUACACCAAGCUCGGACGGAGUUCGAUGCGGCCGCGAGACUUGCCAACCAGAUUCCCCAACCGGCGCCAACAGGCACAUAUGCCGCGCGCUGGAUCCAAAUCUGCGCUGCCACUGAGCGUAUUGCCCUUGCCUACGGUGCUGCCGCUGCCAUUAAGAUGGCCGAGGAGGAUGUCACCGCCGCCCUGGCACAUCUCACUGUCGCGUACCGCCUGUGGGGCCGCGCCGCGUCUGGCAUCGCGCAGAUCGCUGCAGCCUCCCUUCAGGAGCCAGAGGUUGCAGAGGAGACUGCAUUGGAGGCGCCGGCGUCGAAGUCGAGGGAGAAGAAGCCGUUUUGCUUCGCUGGCAAGCGACUGGGCGGGCUACAGUGGUACUUCGCGGAGGCGCUAUUCGAUGCCACGUUCGACAUCUCAUUCGCCCUCGCGCAACAGGGCUCGGUUAAGGAGUGCGAGUACUACCUUCUGCAGGCUCGCGGUAUGGUGGAGUCAGUGCGCUCCUCGACACUUGACGCACGCACGGCCUCGCGCACCGCCGAGUUCGAGACGCGCCGGCUGCGCUUUGACAGGACCAAUGAGCAAAUCGACCACGCGAUCUCCGUGCUCACCGUCGAUGGGCCGGAGGCGGUCGAGAUUCAGCGUGUCAAGGGUGAGCUGUUCUCGCGUCAGGCUGAGGGUCUGGCUGCGGACGAGCUGUUCGCAGACGCCGUCGAACACCUUGUUGGCCUUGACAAGGAGUUUAUGUCGGCCGAGACCAGCAUGCCGCCGGGGCGCAAGGACAGCAUCAUGCCGACGGCUGGCUCACGGGAGCCGCUCAUGCCGCAGUCUCUGGGUUACUUACUACGUCAGCGCGCGUGGCUCAUGCGCCAAGGCGGUAACAUGGAGGAGUACGAGAAUGUUAUCGAGCAGCUUGAGUUGGUCCCCCGCACAUCGAGUGACAAGCCCGAGCAGUUACUUCUCGAGGCGCGGAUGGCAAUGUACGACGCGUUCAAGUAUUUCAAGACGGACUUGUUCAUGAGCUCGUUGACCGAGUCGACGAUUGCUCUCACAAUGGACUCUCCCAGCAAGCGCAGCAAGGACCGUUACUCGUCGAAACACGAGGCGGUGCUGCAACUCGAACACGCAUCAGACGCGUUCCGUAACGCGCUCGCGACGAUUACGUCGCGCGGGCGCGUCGAGAAUGUGCGCCAGGUAUGCGUGUCACUGGCAUUACUCAGCGCGUUCCAGACGUCGCUCGGCCACGGCUCGCCUGUCACGACGGCGUCCGCGGCUUCUACCCUCGCAUCGGCGCCGAUGAUCACUCUCCAUCGCCAGCUCCUCGCCGCCAUUGACAGCAAGUACGCGGAUCCAGAGGCGGACGACAUGGACUGGCCAGUGCUAGAUACUGCGGCCACCGAGCCAGCCGACGGGUUACAGGCGUACUGGGCCGACGUGCGCGCGCGGCACGCAGACCUCGACCUCCUUGGAGACUACGACCUCAGCACCCUGCCGACCAACUGGGCCGUUGUGAGCAUCACAGUGACCGACGACUGCAACACCAUGCUUGUCACGCGGCAUCAGAAUGGGCACGAGCCAAUCGUCUUCUGUAUCCCGCUGGACCGACAGGGCCGACGCGAGGAUACCGAUGAGCACGAGUUAUUCACCUUCCACGCUGGCGUUGCAGAGUUGCGCGCAAUCCUUGCGGGUAACGAUGAGAGCAUCCGGAGUAUCAAGGAUCGAGUCACGAUGGACGACCGCAAGGCGUGGUGGCGCGAGCGGCAUGAGCUCGACACGCGUCUGAGCGAGCUGCUCGCGACGGUCGAGUUCUGCUGGCUUGGUGCGUUCAAGACAGUGCUUAACCCGCGCCUUGAAUUCGACGCCGACGCGCUCGAGGCCUUCCGGACGCGUCUGGACCGCAUCUUCCACACGGCGCUCGCGGGGGCGGGGAGCGACGCUCGCCGCGCUGCCCGCGUACGGCUCAACGACACGUUGCUCGCGUGCUUUGCCACGCUUCCCUCCAAGUGUCGUGACGAGGAAGUCGAGGACCUUGUUUACUUCGUUCUGGACCUGUACCAGUUCCACGGGAUUGCCGUCGUACUCGCAGAACUCGACUUUGAACAGAUCGGCAACGAAGUCAAGGACGCCCUGGCGGCCCUCAAGCUCGCGACGGGCACGCCACCUCCGAGCGACGAACAUCUCCUCCUCGCACUGGACAAGAACGUCCAGUGCUUCCCUUGGGAGAGCAUACCGAUUCUCCGCGGUCGCGCUGUCAGCCGCAUUGCCUCUCUCCCCCUCCUCCUGGACCAGGUCGCGCUGGGCACCACCCUCGGUGCCGAUCCCACACACCGCACCGUCGACGCGCGUAAGACGCGAUACUUUCUCAACCCCGGUGGUGACCUCGUCAACACGCAACAGCGCUUCGAGCCGCGCCUGAAGGCCCUGGAGUCUGAGGGAUGGGAGGGUAUCACCGCGCGCCGACCCAGCGAGGCCGAAAUGUCCUCGGCCCUCAGCGACUCUGAACUGGUCAUGUACUUUGGCCACGGCGGGGGCGAGGAGUAUCUCCGAAGCCACAAGGUGCGCGCCCUCAAGCGAUGUGCAGUCACCAUGCUCUGGGGCUGUUCCAGCGGCUUGCUGCGCGAGCAGGGCGAUCUCGACCCGACAGGUACGCCGCACGACUACUUCCUCGCUGGGUCGCCGUGCUUGGUCGGUAACCUGUGGGACGUGACGGACAAGGACAUUGAUAGAAUCACCGCGGCGGUCAUGGACAGCCUUGGUCUCGAGGAGAAGGGCAUUCGCGAGAGCCCCAUGAGUGUCGUACAGGCGGUUAGCCAGGGCCGCAGCGCCGCACGGCUGCAAUACCUCACGGGCGCGGCAUUAGUAGUGUACGGGGUGCCGGUGUAUAUGGCGUAA